AAAAAAUUGGAAGUUCUUGACCAGAAGCGAUCGAACGCCAUCAACAUCGGUCUGGUUCACUUGCCCAAACCAAACGCCAUAAAAACUGCCAUCAUGAACAUGGACAGUUCCGUGCUGUCUAGAGAAGAUAUUGAGAAAAUACUCACCGGCAUGAUUCCAACUGAAGAAGAAAUUCAAAAAAUUACUGAACUUAGAAAGGCCAACAAUGACGCCAACAGCAACAGAACAGCAGAAACCUUUCUGGAAACGAUGGGUUCCAUUUCAGAACUUCAAUCAAGACUCAAGUUGUGGGUCUUCAAACUGGAUUACGAUGCUCUUGAAUCAGAGAUAAGCGACCCACUGUACGAUUUGAAGAAGGGCAUGGAUGAGUUGAAGAGAAGUAAAACAUUCAAAUUCAUCCUCUCGACACUUCUCUCUGUCGGAAACUUUCUUAAUAACACCAGCGCACCAGGCUUCACAAUUGACUACCUGACGAAAGUGACGGAGGUGAAGGACACAGUGUACAAACACACACUCCUCCAUCAUCUGGUCAAUCUCAUUAUUGACCAAUUUCCAGUUUCCGGUGACCUCUACACGGAAAUCAGUUCUAUCGUCAGAUGUUCUAAGAUUGACUGGGAGGACGUGAAGGAUAAACUGGAUAAGUUGGAAUCCGACUGCAAGUCAUCAAGAAACCAUUUGAUUGCUAUCAACAAGCAUGAUCCCACGUUCCUGAACAAACACAAGAUAUCAGACUUCCUAACAAGCACCAUGAAAAGGAUCUGUAUCGUCAAAAUAGUUUACAAGAGAGUGUUCAACAGGUGGGUAAAAUUUUUGUUAUGGUUGGGUUAUACUGUUGACGAAGCCAAGAACAUCAAUGUCAAACAGUUUUGCCAAACACUGAGUGAAUUUGCACUGGAGUUUCGAACGAUGAAAGAGAAGGUACAGAAUGCGAGGAUCAAGAAGCAGAACAUGAAGGAGAGGAAGAAAACCAGAGGCCUCAUGAUAGUCCAGGUCGGUCAUUCAGUUCGUUGGUUGAUUGGUUGA